UCACUCACUCUCUUCCCCGGCCAACUCUAACCCCCUGGACUUUCUACACCUUUUUUUUUUCUCCCUUUCCUUUCCCUCUCUUCUUUUCUCUCCCGCGUCCUGGGUUUUCUACGACUUCACUAAAUCUUCUUUUACGACACUUUUUUUUUUUUUUUUUUUCCCUCUUUUCCUUCGAAUUGAUCACCUCAGGGGUACAUAAUCCGACAAGAUGGCCGAUAUGAGCGGCGAACAGAUGCAGGCCAAAAUCACCGCAGCCCGGCGCGAAGCUGAACAGCUCAAAGACAAGAUAAAGCGCAGAAAGGAUGAAUUGGCAGACACCUCCCUCCGUCAAGUUGCACAAAACCAGUCCGAGGCUUUGCCCCGGAUCGGGAUGAAGCCACGCCGGACACUCAAGGGCCAUUUGGCUAAGAUUUACGCCAUGCACUGGUCGACUGACCGCCGCCACCUCGUUUCCGCCUCGCAAGAUGGAAAGCUCAUUAUCUGGGACGCCUACACCACCAACAAAGUCCAUGCGAUCCCAUUGCGGUCGUCGUGGGUGAUGACUUGCGCCUACGCCCCCAGUGGAAACUAUGUCGCUUGUGGUGGUUUGGAUAACAUUUGCUCAAUCUACAACCUGUCGUCCCGCGAGGGCCCAACCCGUGUCGCCCGCGAGCUGUCUGGUCAUUCGGGUUACCUGUCCUGCUGCCGUUUCAUCAAUGAUCGCCGUAUUCUUACCUCAUCCGGUGAUAUGACCUGUAUGCUGUGGGAUAUCGAGACUGGCUCAAAGGUGACCGAGUUCGCCGACCACCUGGGCGACGUCAUGUCCAUCAGCAUCAACCCGACUAACCAGAACGUCUUCGUCUCGGGUGCUUGUGAUGCUUUCGCUAAACUGUGGGAUGUCCGUACUGGUAAGGCCGUCCAGACCUUUGCUGGACACGAGUCCGACAUCAACGCCAUCCAAUUCUUCCCCGAUGGAAACGCUUUCGGUACCGGUUCCGAUGACACCACCUGCCGUCUUUUUGACAUCCGUGCCGACCGCGAACUCAACACCUACCAGAGUGACCAAGUGCUGUGCGGUAUUACAUCUGUUGCUUUCUCCGUUUCUGGACGAUUAUUGUUUGCGGGUUACGAUGACUUUGAGUGCAAGGUCUGGGAUGUCCUGCGGGGUGAAAAGGUUGGCUCUCUGAGUGGUCACGAGAACCGUGUCAGCUGUCUUGGCGUUAGCAACGACGGCAUCAGUUUGUGUACUGGAUCUUGGGAUUCUUUGCUCAAGGUCUGGGCCUGGUAAACAAAUUCAGAACCAAGAUACCCCCGUCGCCAAUCCUUUGCAACGUCAUCAUUCAAACGCCUUUCAUUCUUCUUUUCUUCAUUUUUAUUCCCCUCUCUUCCUUGGUUAUUUCUCAUACCGAUGGGUUAAACGUUCCGCCAUUGUACGAUAAUUCUUAUUGACCGAGUAACCGCUCGGCCGCUUUACCAUAAUAUGCUAUUUGGGUGGGAGAAGAUGGACGAACGCCCGAGAAUCCGAGGUGGUCAGUCGGCGACGAUUACGCGCAAAGACAUCGGAUAGAAGCGAUAUACAUAGCGAUCGAUUUGGCGUUUGUCGACAAAACUCGGAUGAUUUUGGUCUUCCCCCUUUCUAUUUUUUACCAUUUUGUUCAUUACCCUCAUAUUCCCUUUA